AUGAUUCUUCCAAGGGAUCAUCAUUUGACAAACCUAAUCAUCAGUUAUGGUCACCAAACUACUUUACAUGGUGGAAUGCUACUCACAGCAUCGUUCCUUCGGAAGAAAUUUUGGAUUCUCAGCGUUAGGAAAGGAAUUCAGGAUGUAAUAAGAUCUUGUAUUACCUGCUUCAAGGAAAAACCACGAACAACACAACAAUUGAUGGGCAGCUUACCCGCAGCCAGGGUAAAUCUAUCGUUCAGGCCAUUUCUAGCCACAGGUGUGGAUUAUAAUGGUGCGAUAGAACUCAAAGCAUCAAGAUAUCGAGGUAACACCACGUAUAAAGGGUAUAUCGCAAUCUUCAUUUGCCUUGCAACCAAGGCAAUCCAUUUGGAAGCAGUUACAGGAAUGACAACAGAUCAGUUUUUAUGUGCGUUAUACCGUUUUAUUGGAAGACGGGGAUUAUGCCAUGAUAUAUACAGUGACUGUGGCACUAACUUUAUUGGUGCCAACACUGUUCUUAAAACCAAUGCAAAAAAGUUCAUUGAAUCGAUUGAUCGAGAAAUCGCUCCCCAAUUAGCAGAAAAGGGCAUCCAGUGGCAUUUUAAUCCACCCCACUCUCCGAAUUUUGGUGGAUUAUGGGAGGCUAAUGUAAAAUACGUCAAACACCACCUCAAACGAAUUACAACUGGGACUUCGCUAACCUAUGAAGCCUUAUCGACCAUUCUUGUGAGAAUAGAAGCCUGUCUUAAUUCUCGACCAUUGUGCCCACUCACCUCAGAUCCCCAUGACUUGACUGUGCUCACUCCGGGUCAUUUCUUAAUUGGAGACUCUUUGCUAGCACGACCAGAAUCACCUGCUCCCGAAACCACACUCCGACGUCAAUAUCUUUUACUACAGCGGAUGUUUCAACAAUUUUGGUCACGAUGGUCAGCAGAUUGA